AUGGGCGUCUACCUAAGUGCGCAAAACAAGAUUCUCCAAAUGAUCGACGAUGGCACCCCUACCACGUACGCAGGUGAUCAGGUCAAUGGGCUAAGCCCAGGGCCUCUAGCUUUGGCGCCGAACGGGGAUUUCUAUCUUGGUAGCAAUGAAGCAGUGAUGAAAAUCACGAGUACCGACAUCAUCACCAUCGCCUCGCUCGCGGACUCGCUGGUCUUGCAGGGUAUUACCGUGGACUCGAGCGAGAACGUGUACGUUUCGAGGCUAACUGAAUUCGAUGUGGUCAAGAUCGCUCCCGAUGGCAGCGUCAGCAUCUUUGCAAACUCCUCAAUGUUCACUCUUGCCAUGGGCAUCGCAAUCGACUCGUCUGACAAUAUUUACAUCACCGAUCAGCACAGGAUUCUGAAAUUCACGUUAGCCGGCGAAAUGGGUGUGGUGGCAGGCAGGGUGCAGGGCUUCUUGAAUGCGUUGGGCGAACUCGCUCGCUUCAGCACGCCCUGGGCGCUGACGAUCGGCUCGGAUGGCAAUUUGUACGUUGUUGACUCAGAUAAUAAUUGUAUCCGAAAAGUGGAUCUCACUACGAGGGAGGUCACCACGUACGCGGGAAUUUGUCUAACGUCAGGGACAACAGACGGUCUCGCUACGGACGCCACGUUUCAGAUGCCCGUGGCGAUUGCAGCGGCAGCCGACAACAUAUUUUACGUGGUCGAUGGGCCUUCUAGAGCGGGUUACCGCGUGCGCAAGAUCUUCACCGUAUAG